UAAAAAAAAUGUGAAAAGUCUUUUUUGUUGAAUUGGUAUAUGAAGAUUGUGUGUGUGAAAAUAGAAAUAGCCAUGUGUGUAAAGGAGAGAAUUACUCCGUAUGUUAUAUAAUUGAAAUUUCUCUGGGAAGAACAUUGAACGAACGAGAAUUUGAGGUGGUUUGAUUUUUUGGGGGAGGGAGUAAGUUUAAUGGGGAAGCUUGGAUCACCUAAGAGUCCACAUCCUCAUCCUGCUAAUGUUGAUUUCUUGUUUGGGAUGAGAGAGUGUCCGGUGAGGUGUUCCGAGGGUUCUGCCUAUAGUGAUCCUUUUUCAGGUAGAAGGUUGUCAGGAGGAUAUUAUCAUUGGAGCAAGAACUUUCUGUUCGGUGGCACAAAGGGUAAUACAUUAAAUAGUAUAGCGGCAAAGCAAGCAAUUUAUAAAGGAGUGUAUGGUGUUAAAAGGCAUAAUUGGUUUCACAGGAACUUAAGGUUGAUUGGUUUUGUUAUUGGGUUGAUGGGUUUCUUCUUUUGGUUGGAUUCCCUCAUGUUUGUAGACUUCGAUGCUGCAAAUUUACGCAAAAGCUCCGUCUUAGAAACAAGCACGUUGAAGGAUGUAGCAGGUACUUCUGGCAAGGAAGAAAGUUCUCCAUUGAUGAUGUAUGGACGUCUUCUGAAUCUGGCUUCUACUUCUCUCGCCCAGAGGGAGUUUGGACAUGACCCAAGUAAUUCAUGGAAAGAACCAUCUUCGCAAGCAUCAGUGUGGAAACCUUGUGCAGACAGGCAAAGGCCAAAAGAUCAAGGAAGUUCCAGAAAAAGCAAUGGAUUUAUAUUAGUCAGUGCAAAUGGUGGUCUCAAUCAACAACGAGUUGCUGUCUGCAAUGCUGUUGCGGUGGCAUCUUUGCUCAAUGCAACAUUAGUUGUCCCAAUAUUUCUUUAUAGCAGUGUCUGGAAGGAUCCAAGCCAGUUUGGUGAUAUUUAUCAAGAAGAGCAUUUCAUCAACACAUUGAAGGAUGACAUAACCAUUACGAAGGAACUCCCUCCACAUUUGAGAUCAUUAGACCCUGAAGCAAUUGGUAGUGUAGUUACUGAUGCACAUCUUGAGAAGGAAGCAAAGCCAACUGAUUAUGUAAGACUUGUACUUCCGAUCCUCCAGCAAAAUGGUGUUGUUCAUUUGCUUGGGUUUGGAAACCGUUUAGGAUUUGAUCCACUGCCUCCCCACCUUCAGAAACUGAGAUGUAAAUGCAAUUUUCACGCUUUGAAGUUUGUCCCCAAAAUUCAACAAGUUGGAUCACUAUUAAUAAGAAGGAUAAGGGAAUAUGAUUCGUCAAGUAACCGGAUAGACAAGGAACUUAUGGGGAACUUUAUGCCAGAUAAUGAUGCAAGAAGGGAUAAUACAAGUAAAGUUCCUUCCAAGUAUCUUGCUCUACAUUUGAGAUUUGAAGUGGAUAUGGUGGCUUAUUCCCUUUGUGAUUUUGGUGGUGGAGAAAGUGAGAGAAAAGAACUUCAAGCUUACAGAGAAACUCAUUUCCCAUUGCUCCUUCAACGACUUAAAGGCUUGAAGCCUGUGUCUCCUGUAGAAUUGAGAAUAUCUGGAAGAUGUCCCUUGACACCAGAGGAAGCAGGCCUUCUUCUUGCUGGUCUUGGUUUAGAGCGUGGUACAUACAUAUAUCUUGCUGGCUCUCAAAUUUAUGAUGGGAAGUCAAGGAUGAAGCCGUUCACCAGUCUUUAUCCAAAUUUGGUAACCAAGGAAGAUCUUCUGGAUCCCAUUGAACUUGAGCCUUUUAGGAAUUUCUCUUCUCAGCUAGCUGCACUGGACUUCAUUGCAUGUGCAACUGCUGAUGUUUUUGCCAUGACUGACUCGGGAAGCCAACUAUCUUCCUUGGUAUCUGGGUUUCGUACAUAUUUCGGGGGUGGUCAUACUCCUACCUUGCGGCCAAACAAAAAGAGGCUUUCAGCUGUAUUGAUGGAAAAUGACACCAUACCAUGGAACCGUUUUCAGCGUAGGGUAACGAAAAUGAUCGAAGAAGGUCAACGAGUUCAUGUGAGACGAUAUGGACAAAGCAUUUAUCGGCAACCUAGGAGUUCCGAAUGCAUGUGCAAAGGUCACUAGACUUUCAUCCUAUCUGCCACUCUGUAUAUACCAACCUGUUGAAUAAGCCAGAUAAAAGAUACCCUUUUCUUCCCUUGGGUGUUUUUUUUUGUGGGUGGUGGGAGGUUGAAAGGGGGAGUACAGUUUUGAUUUUUUUUUUUUUUUUGACAUUUAUACCAGAUUAUUUGAUGUAAAUACACUUGUAUCCUUUUGGUAAAUGAUUAUAAAAUUUAAGUCAAUGUCUCUUUCAUUA